AUGGCCGGCUUCCCUCGUCUCCCAUUGGUCCAUGGCGACACUGACGAUGAUGCAUCCAUCCAUCUCCACCGACAGAUUGGUCCCUCCAGACCUCUUCGAAGGCUGGUGCCAACUGACGAAAAGAUACUCGAGAUAGCUCACGACGAGUCGGUGGAUGACUUGGACACAAACAACAUCAACCACUACUACGAGCUCUACAGAAAGAACGGAUUGAACUUCCUCGAGCUGGACGAGUCUUCUGACGACAGCUACAGCCCUGAUUCCGGCUCUGACACCUACAACGAAAGCGAUGACGAAGACGGCUACGACCAUGACGCCAGCGAUGGCGAAGAACGCAUCCACGAGGACGAAAAGGAACGUUUCCGGCUGGGAGUGCCCGAAGAACCCCAGCAGCAGCCUGCUGAGGAGCACACUACAGAUGAGCCCCCUACGCACAAUAAAGGGUCCUCUGAUACCCUUCUCGGCCAGGAUUGGAGAGGGAUCACCUUGUUGGUGUUCAUAUUGGCAUACUUAAUCAGCCUAUUAAGACAAAGCGCAGUGAGUCAGCCGUUGGGCCCAGCGUGGACGUCCCGGCUCAACAAGGUGGACCGUGCGUUGGACCAGUUGUCAGACAUCACCAGCGGGUUGUCGACGAGACAGGACUUCCUUGAUGCCAACCACGAGAGCUUGGCCAAAAAUCUCAACACGAGGUUCGAAUCGUUGAACCAGAAGUUCCAUGCGGUGGAAAAAUCGCUACUUGGCGACAACCAGCAGUUCCAGCACCUUGCGCACGAGUUCGAGACGUUGAAGACGUCCAUCAACUCCACCGUGAACCACGACAGGCUCGAUGCCAUCAACGCCAAGCUUGCGGUCUUCGACGGCUUGUCCAGCACCGUGGAGUCGCUCCAGGCCCAUCUCCUCGAUCAGUUGGUGGCGUCGCUCCCCCAGCAUGUGCCAGUCUACAUCAAAGACAGAAAGAUCCACUUUCUUCCGGAGUUCCACAAAUACUUGUACAAUUUUGUCGACACCUACACCAGCAACAAAACCGGCCACUCUCCCUCCAGCAACCCGUCGUGGGCCCUGUUCCUCGAGUCCAACCAAGCCUCGUUGGAUGCCUACAUUGAGACCAGGGCCGGGGGGCUCAACCUCCAGCAAAUUUCAAAGGACAAGUUGGAGCAAAUUCUCCGCCAGAAAUUCGAGCAAAACAACAAGUACAUUUUUGGCAAGAUAAACGAGGUGAUUGACGACCUCACAGCGGUUGAUCAUGCCCACAACACCACCACUGGUGCCCGUUUCAGCAGUGCCUCCAACACAAUUCUUUUGAAUAAUUUGCUCGAAACGUUCGCCAAGGGCGCCAUCAAGGUCAAUUAUGCAGAUUACGGACUAGGAGCACGCAUUCUAGGGUUUCUUACCAAAUCGGGCGCACGAGCACCCACUUCCAGCAAGUCGUUGGGAAGACGGAUAUUUUUUGGAUGGUACGACUAUUUGUCCGGAGCUUCUGGUGGGCUAGUGGGUCGGAGCCCAGGCGUGUGGAAAUACAACGCCAACAACGUGCUAUUGGACAAUGGCCAGGGGUGGCAGUGUGAGUCGAAUCGGUGCACGCUCGGUGUCCGCAUGUUCAGUCCGGUGAUAUUGACCGAUAUUGUGCUUGCUAAUCCUGUCAAUGCAGAGGGCGACAGUGUGUCUGCGCCGCGGGUGGUGGCAGUGUGGGUGAAGCCUCGCAAUGCAGCCCACGCAACCCAGUUGCGCGAGCAUCUCCAGCGGUACCAGCUUGACGCAGACACCACCAACAACCGGUACUUGGAAAAGUUCGUCAAGGUCAAGGAGACCCGUGUCAACCACCCCCAGGCAAUCACCCACAUCCGCAUGCCUGUGAGUAUGGUCAACCUCCGUAUCCCUGUGCGAGACAUCUACCUCGAGCUCCUGUCGCCCAUUAACACGGAGACGGGGCUCACCAGCUUCAAGGCGUACGGAAUCACCGAAUUGAACGCAUACAGACACAGCACCCAUUUCGAUGCCCUUUUGGACAAACUCCAGACACAACCGGAGGACGAAGAGGCGGCAGCCGCAGCUCACCCCCAAAUCGUGAUCGACGACAGUUGGGACGACUUGGUUUUGGGCGACGACCCCGUGUUGUAG